AUGGUUCCAGUCAGACUCAACGACGUCGCUCAUAGAAGGUUUGACCCACUUAAGGGUUCCUGGGUACUACUUGCUUCGCCGCAUAAGAACAAGCGACCUCGGCAAGGUCAUAAAGAAGCCGUGGAGUCCGGUGACAAGCCAGCAUACGAUCCCAAGUGCUAUCUCUGCCCGGGCAAUCAUCGGGCUAAUGGUGUCCGCAACCCCCAAUAUACGGGUACUUUCCUCUUCGAGAAUGAUUACAGCACUGUCCGGAUGGACGAGGGGGAAUACGACACAGAUACGUGCAAGAAGGGUGCGUCAAGCGUGGUGCAGUUGACUUUGCCUGGGUUAAUUAUGGCAGACUCCUUGCAAGACUGUACCUCGGGCCUGCUACGUGCCGAGGUGGUGAUCGGUCGAUGCUAUGUUCUUACAUAUUCACCCAAUCACCACUACACUAUAUCUGAUAUGACACCUGAAGAAGUGCUUGCCAUCAUUGAGGCCUGGACUACUGUCUACGCCAGGUAUCUCUCUCCUGAUAAUCCCCUGAGAAGGAGUACUACGAGAAUUUCCAGUCACAGCCCAAGCUUUGGAGACGAAACCACCUCGAAUACCACGAACCUCAGGUAUAUGCAGAUAUUUGAUAACAACGGCGAAAUAGUAGGCUGCUCUAAUACUCACCCCCAUGGCCAGAUCUGGAUAACCUCAAGCAUGCCAGAUGAAGUGAGGCUGGAACUUGCACAAAUGAGCAAGUAUCGCAAAGAUCAUUGUGGAAGGCAUCUGCUGGAGGACUAUGCUCGACUUGAGUUGGACAGAAAAGAACGUGUUGUCUGGCAAAAUGAUGGGUUCAUGGCCAUCUGUCCUUGGUGGGCAGUCUGGCCAUUUGAGGUUCUCCUCUUACCGAAACGUCAUAUCCGGGGCUUGGUUGACCUCAACAAGGCUGAAAGUCUUCAGUUUGCUGAAGCCAUACUGCAUGUGACCAGGAGUUACGAUAAUCUGUUUGGAAUGACUUUUCCUUACAUUUCGGCCCUUCACCAGGCACCUCUGAAUGGCACUGAAGCUGAGAUAAAUAGCAGCUAUCUUCAUAUGCACUUUAGUCCGCCUUUGCUUGUACCCUCUGUCAAGAAGUUCUUCGGGGGCUACGAACUACACGGAGAGCCGACACGCGAGAUCACACCGGAGGCCGCUGCGGCAUUCUUAAGGCACUCUGGAACCCAGCUUCCAGUGUGCGCUGAUAAUUUGAAAGCUGCUCAGCCUCAAUCUCAAAUAGGGACAGUGCUCGUGGGAUCUCCCGACGGGGUCUUUUGCAGGGGAGGAACCUCUACAUGGUGGGAACGAGUACUGAGAACCUCAAGAUGGGUCAAAUUAUGGCUUUUUUAG